UGGGCAGCUUCACUGAAGGCAGGGUCCUUUAUCAAGCUCUCACAGCUGCCUGCUCUCUUGCAAUGCCUUCAGCCCUUGACACCAACAUGAGGUUCAAGUUUUCUAUCCUGGCUCUUCUUCUGGAAGUGAUCAUCAUUGUUUUGUUUGGGAUAUUUGUGGAAUACAACGAGAGCGUCACCUCUGCAAACUUAUACCCAUUCUUUCAGGAUGUCCAUGUGAUGAUAUUUGUUGGAUUUGGUUUCCUGAUGACCUUUCUGAAGAAGUAUGGAUUCAGCAGUGUUGGUAUCACCAUGCUCAUUGCUGCCUUCGGUCUCCAGUGGGGAAUCCUGAUGCAAGGAUUUUGGCACAUGGAAGGAGGGAAAAUUCAUGUAGAUACCAAAAGCAUAAUAAAUGCAGACUUCAGUACAGCAACUGCUUUGAUUUCAUUUGGAGCAGUCCUGGGGAAAACAAGUCCCAUUCAGAUGCUGAUCUUGACAAUUCUGGAGAUCACAAUCUUUGCAUGCAAUGAACAUCUAGUUACAGAAGUACUUCAGGCCACAGAUGUUGGAGCCUCGAUGACUAUUCAUGCUUUUGGAGCUUAUUUUGGCUUGGCCGUAACUCUCGUCUUGUAUCGACCUGGUUUGAAAAAUAAACAUGAAAAUGAUGAAUCUACCUAUCAUUCAGACCUGUUUGCCAUGAUUGGUACCCUCUUCCUUUGGCUUUUUUGGCCAAGUUUUAACUCUGCCAUUGCAGCUGGAGAAAAUUCCCGGAUGACAGCAAUUAUCAACACUUACUUUUCCUUGGCUGCAUGUGCUGUCGUAACAUUUGCCCUCUCCAGCCUGGUGGAUCAAAGGGGCAAAUUCAGUAUGGUUCUCAUUCAAAAUGCCACCCUGGCAGGAGGAGUAGCAGUAGGUACUUGUGCUGAUAUGUUAAUCCACCCUUUUGGUGCCAUGUGCAUUGGGAGCAUUGCUGGAAUCAUCUCUGUCCUUGGGUUCCACUUCCUGACUCCUUUGCUGUCAUCCAAGCUCAACAUUCAAGACACUUGUGGAGUUCAUAAUUUACAUGGUUUACCCGGAAUACUGGGAGGGAUUGCUGGCAUUGUAGUAACUGCAAUAAAAAACCAAUCUAGCCAACCUGUCCGCUUUACUCCAGGUAUGCAGGCUGCUGCCCUGGGCUGUUCAGUUGGAAUUGCACUGGCAGGUGGAGCAUUGACAGGUGGUAUUCUAAAGCUGCCCUUCUUGGGACAAGCAUCUGACCAGAACUGCUUUGAUGACUCUGUUUAUUGGGAGGUUCCAGAAGAAGAGAAACUACAUGAAAUUCACCCCAGCAACCAUGAUGAGCACAGCAGAUUUGAAGACACCAUGUAGAAAAACAAUUCAUAUGUAACAUUUGUCCUAAUGAAGUUAUUUCCAGUCUCUAAUGCUAAAAAACAGCAUCCAGUUAUUUUCAGGAAGGGGCUGUGAUAUAAACAAGCUUGAUUUUAGUUAUUAUGCUGAGCUCAGGUGAAUUAAUUAGAUCCUUCCAAUAUAUUUGUUCAUCAGAAAAAAAUCACCACAAACUGGUCUACAAGAUUACCUGUAUUUUACCUUUUGUGAUCUCUGAGUGAAUGUAGACAUUGAAGCAACCUUUGUGUUUCUACAGUAUAACAUAUUUAGCUGCAAGAUUUCUGAGUCCCAUCACCUCUUUCAACUGCAUAGGGGUAAUCAAGAAGAAAUUGAUUUGUAUUGUUUAUUUGGAUUCUAACAAGAUCUUCACCAGAGCAUCCCAGAUUCACUUUUUAAGGAGUGUGUUUUGCUAUUUUUGGACGAGGGGGAAAUGUGUUGUCUUUUGAAGGCUGGUUAUGACAGGAAGCAAAAUGUUGAAAUAAUUUUCAUGACAAAGCACAGAAUAUGAGUACGAAGAGUCUUCAUUAAUAUGUUUAUUGAAAGGGAGAAGAAAGUGAAUUGGUGAAAAAUUUCAUUAUUGGUAUAGAUUUCUUUAGACUGUUUCAAGGACACAACAAAGGAAUUGAAUAGGAGCUAUGAAAAAAACAUAUCUUAUUACCUCCAACAGUAAUAAGUGCACAGUAGCACUGUUCAUGUCCAUAGAUAUAAACUGAACAAAAUGGUAGCUCAAAGAAAAAGCAUGAGUUGAUAGGAACUGAUUGGAAAGCAACUAUGUUCAACUUACAGAAGACCCAGCAGAGAACUUCUGUGUGAUGAGUUGCUACCUUUGAAGUCAUUGCUUCCUAAAACAAGAGAGAGCAGAAAGAAGAAAAUUGAAGGUAAAUUAAGGAAAUUACCUUCACCUGAGAAAUUGUGAGAAUGGCUUCUCAAUUAAAAGAGACAAAAAUUAAGGUAUCUGAAGGAACUCUAUGAGAUGAUGGUAGCUGGGAGCAGAGUCACACAUCUAUGACCACCUACAUCGGGAAAUCCAUUGAGAGGCAAUGGAUGGGAGAUCAAAAAGAUCACAGUGCCUCUAGGCAUUAUUCAGACAAAGAAAGCUAUCACUGAUGUCUCAGAAGGACAAGCUACAGUGAAUGGACUUUCAAGAUUUCUUUAUGUUAGCAUCUUAUUUCAAGUCUCAUCAGAUUCAGAGGAAAAUGCCUCUCAUAUAAAACAGGACAGAUAUUAUCAAAUCUGCUGAUGUAUUUUCCCUUGAAAAACUUUAGAAACUUACUAGGCAGGGCUGUCCCAUAUGUUACACCAGCUGCAUACUGCUAUGUGUUUCAGAUUUCUCUCUAUGAAUGAAAAUACAUUUGUUGUAACACACUUUAGUUCAGAUAUGCUCUUUUGCAGACUCUUUUCCACCUUGUUGUCUGGAAGACAGAUUUUAUCCUUUUCAAGCUUGCACACAAUCUUUUUUGUAAAAACUGAGAAGGCAUUUAACAAUGUAAAUAUUGUGUAUGUAAAGUUUUUAUAAGUAUUUCGUGCAUAAUUUGCAAGCAAAAGGUAUUGAAGUACUUGAAAAAGAUUCCAUGUGUAGAUAGGCUGUAAAAGCCUUAUCCUCAAUACAUGAUCCUACUUGGGGAUUCAGAGGGUCUUUCAUUCACCUGCAGCUAUGAGGUAUUUUCACUGAUUGUAAGUGUUGACCUCAAAGGAAUACCUGAGUGAAAAAAUACCACUCACUGUGAGUAAAUCUUUCAGACUAAUGCCCUCAAUAGUUAACUUUAGUUCUGUAAAAAAAACAAAACAAAACAAAACGAGGAAAAAAUAAACUGCAGUUUUGUUCUCCAUAUAGUGUUUCUGUAGUAACCCAGACCCUAAUCCACUAAGCACUCAUUACUGUCCUCUGCCUUUUUUCAGAAGAUUACUCCCCAGUGAAAUCUGUCCUUCAGGUCACCCAUCCUUUAAAAGAUAUUUUCUGUGUCCAGUCCUACUCAGAAAACCGUUGUCUUUCUCUGUAAAGAACAAACUGACAGAAGCCACUGGGAUUGGUAGUUUUCUAAGUGCAAACUUCAGAUGUAAUGUUUCUAUUGCAGUGUAACUCUUUUAUUUUCCCUUUUUUUAUUUUCAAGAUAUUAAAUAGAUAGCUUAAAUUUCAAUGAAAUUAAACAAAAGAGUUGAGUUUAAAGAAAUAAGAACUUUCAUCUUAGUAUUAUUUCAUCUUAUUAGCAAUCAUUUUAUUUGAAGUAACCAAAGGUCAGGCUUAUUGACACUUGGUCCUUUUCCAAAACACUAGUGGAUGAUCAUAACUUUGAAGACUGUCUUACAAGUAUUCAGGACUACCUCCUUCAGAGCAAUAGCUUUGUAUUUCAUUACUGAGAGGAAGUUGUAUUUUAAAGCCACUUUCCCACUUCACAAAUCAAGUGUCUAGCAUUGUCUUCAAAGAUGCCAAUGUGUUUAUUAUAAGUGAUUGUAGCAGGGUGCUCUGCCUUAGUGUGCCUGCCUCAGUUUCCCUUUGUGAUUCGAUUUCCCUCUGUCUCUAAGUUUCAUUGCCCCUGGCCUGGAGUUGGAGGAUUCCCAUGCAAAAGGAAAGUGUAUAGUAAAAUCUGAGCUGGUAACAACCUGGAAAGUACAAACAGAAGGCCAAGUUGAUGUCAGUAAUGCCAGCUGCUCUCCUGUGCUGGAGAACACAGAGCUCAGUUGAGCCAUAGCUAGGUCAAAUGGAGACAAAACAAGAAUGGGCAGAUAAACACAAGAGUUUGCUUGGUGAAAAAAAAGGCUCUCUUGUUUUUUUCCUCCGUUUCUCUUUUGCUCUCCAAAAGUGGAUUUUCGAGGUAUGGCUGAGUAGUUCAAUGACAGCAGCCAAACACUUAAUUCUAUAAAAGCCUGGUCCCAUCUUUGACUGGAGAGACUCCUGUACACUUUCUCUAAAAGGUGUGCUCAACCUACUCCCUCCAGUGGGGACACCUGCUCAAGGGGUUACUCCUCCAGACGUUGAGAGAAAGGGAUAUCCUGCUAAACCCAGAAGUAGGAUAAGAAAUAUCAGAUGCCUAUAUAUGAAUUCUUAUUCAUGUCUUCAUUAGCUAGUUUUAAAUAUCAAAGAAAGCUUUAACUUUAAAUCUUUGGAACUAUAAGACUUUAGGAUCCUUUUAAACAUAAAAAUAUUGCAGACAAUGUCUUACCACAUUACCUUAAGGUAUUAUUUUAAUGAUUGUUCUAGACCUACUAUAAGAUCUAUUAAUAAGUUGCUAGUACUCAAACAAUUAGCCUUUGUGUAACAGUUAUCCAGUUGCUUGUUUGGGUAUUGUGUUGUUAAGGUGCCUUAUUGUCUUGUUACCCUGAUACCCUAACCUUCGGGUAAUCCAAGUUGUGUCUGUUAGUUAAAUUUUUAAGAUAUUUCACUAUUUACAAUAAAUCUUGGGUUUGUGCAUAUA